UCAACACAUCCCUCUCUCAAACCACUACCAUCUCCAAUCCGUUUGUUUCCGCCAGUUACUCUGGUCGCUUCUGAGUAUUGCAAUUAGCCCAGACAGCAAGAACAACACUUACUGCACUUUCUGCAAUCGCUUGCAAUAUGUCUGCAAAGAAAUCUACAAUGAAACCGGCCGCUAAGAAGAGCAGGGCCUCUCCCACCCACCCAUCUUGGGUAGAUAUGAUCAAGGAGUGCAUUGCUACCAAUCGCGAUGACGCUCGCGCUGGCGUCUCCCGUCCCCAGAUCAAGAAAUAUGUUGAGGAAAAAUACAACCUCGUCAUGGACAACGCUCAACUGAGUCAUUUGAGCAAGGCCAUCGCCACUGGCGCUGACAAGGGGACUUUUGUCCUCCCCAAGGGACCUUCUGGUCGGGUGAAAUUACCUCCCAAGACCUCAAGGGCGACUGACACCUCAGCAUCGAAGGAGAAUAAGCCCGCGAAGGUUGCACCCAAGGUGGCUACUAAGGCAGCCACCAAGGCACGUCCCGCCAAGAUUGCCACUACGAAGGCUACCCCCGCAAAGUCGAGUAUGGCCAGGAAGCCAGUUGUGAAAGCGAAGGCUGCGCCAACUGUCAAGGCUGCCGCCGCUAAGAAACCUGCCGCUCAAACUGCCGCCAAGUCUUCAGCAACGAAAUCAGCAAUUUCCACUAAAGCAAAAACAAUUCCUGCAAAAAAGACGAUCGCAGGCAAGAAACCUACCCCUGUCAAGAAGACUACCUCAGCAUCAAAGCGUGGUACUGCGAAGAAGGCUGUGACUGGAACAAGCGCGCCCGCUAAAGCAAAGGCUACAGCCACCAAGAAGACCAAUGCAAAGAAACCUGCAGUCAAAGCAACGGCCUCGGCAACGAGCAAGAGAAAGGUCGCCAAGAAAUAGAUGACUCCCCAUCCGCCAUCGAUGAUACACUCAUUCUCCUGAUCUCACGGUACACUAAGGUGUAGAACCCAUUCUGGUUACUCUACCUACUCCAUGCACUUUUCCUCGCGCCUCUGAUUGCACAUUUCUUAUUUCUCGUAUUUGAUUUGUAUUGUAAUUUAUUGGGUCCUACUACUACCUGCCCGCCUCUCGAACAUCAAAAUCAUGAAUUUUCGUGUGGGCCUGUUGUCGUGAUUAUUACUUGAUUCAAACCUA